GUUGCCUACCUGCGCCCAAAAUUAUUGUGGAGGACGAUUUUUUACGAGAAUUUGUCAGCUACCGUGUACUACACCUAGCUCGAUACACCAUAAAUCGGCUACAAAAAUAUAUUUUUUACCUCCAGACUGGUCAGCGUUUAAAAGAAUGUCAAGCGGACGUAAAGCUUCGGUGACGAGUGAUGUGGUAGCCAAAGCAGUCGAUGUGGAUCUGCCUUCAGUUCUGGCCAAGCUUACCACAACUGACACUCUUUACCCCUUCUCACAAGUACUACGACUUCGAGUUCUACAGGUUGUAUGCGGUAUAUCAGUUUUGAUAAUGGGAGCAGUAGCGUGUAUUGCUGAUAAGACUGCAGUUAUGAAGCUGGGCCUGGGAGUUCCUGCUGGUAUUUUCACUGUUUUAGCUGCAGGUGCGAGCAUUCACACGAGCCGUGGUUUCAGCGGCUACCGGUCGUCCACGUGUUCGCCAGGCUCGGCUCUGAGGGUGCUCGGUCCCAACGCUCAAAUCGCGGCUAUCCUCACGCUCUUCUGGAGUGUCGCCUUCUCACUGCAGAUUGCGCUGCUGGUCCAGUGUCUCAUCACAAUCCAGCAUUCGGGGAAAGCCAGAGGCAAGGAGACAAACUUCACAGUGGCGGUUAUCCAGCUGGUGCUGUCGGCUUGCGUGUUGGUGGCGGCUGUGAUGAUUGUCCGCAUCGACUGCCUGCACGACCCGGACUGACCGGACGCCAUGGGUGGCCGCGGGGCGGGGGGUGACCAGGGCGGAUCCGCCACCGGCGUGUCCAUGGUUCCCGUCGCGUCCAGCUCCGAGGAGAAAACGGCGGUCGCUUCCAACAAUGACCAGCUGCUAGCCGUCGACAGUGACAAUGGCAGUUCUCGUGCCUGAAACACAGAGACAGACGUUCCUUUACAACAUUGAGUGCCGUUUGCAUAGUUACAGUUUAAACUAAAUUUCAUCUUGAAACUGAAACUAACGUUUGUUAUAAUGUGGUUCAUUUUGAGUUUAAUCCACCAGCUGAUUAAAUACAGGUUAAGCUUUGACUGUGCAAACGGCCAUAUUGUAUUAUUUGAGAUGAAAGGAUAGCACACACACCUUCCUCAGCUUCGUCUAAAAACAUUUACUGUAUUAGAACUAUUUGAAAUGAAAAAAAGACUUGAAAAAAAGAAGUGAUCUAGAAAAAUGACACCACACCAACAGAAGGAUACGGUAAUACUUCUUCGCUUGAAAUUUGUCAAGUUCUAUACUCUAAUGGUAUACGUGUUUGAAGAAGAAGCAGCAUACAGACUUGUGCGCCACUUAAUAAGCAUCAGCUUAUGGAAAGUGUGAUGCGCGUGUUCGUGGCGUUCAAGUCUGUACGCAUCUUGAGAUGUAAUAGCGUUUCGUUUACAUUAACGCUUGUAAAACGUUCGUUUACAACGAUGUAAUGCUUUGUUUACAAAGAAUUAAAAAGUUUGUCAACUUCUACUUUAUUGCACUUUUAUACUGUCUUAGUUUUUAUUUUAUCAAAAAUUGAUUUCCAAUAAAUUGAACAUUUUAACUAUUGAAAGUAAACACUGUUUUGGAAGAGGAAGAUAUGUUUGCUUUUCUCUUGCGAGGAAUGUAUGUGAGAUACGAUUAGUGAUAAUAUGGAAAUAAUGUUAAUAGAUGUGUGUUUUCUUUCUCAAAUUUGUUGCCAACGCGAAUGAAUUCUGAGUUAAACUCACCGAUAAAAUCUUGCUGAAAUUGAUGAGGUGCGAACCUGACAUCAUACCCGAGCUAGCCAGGUCACUAGGCAAUUAUUUCAUUUUUAGCAAGUCAUCAUAUUCAUGUGGGAAAUAUUUAUUCAUUCUUUACCCUACCUGUAACUCUACCUUCUAAAAACUUGAUCCCUUUUCAUUUUCAUUUUUGAAAUGAAUACUUUUUUAUUAGUUACCACUCUAUAUCUCGUGAUAUUCCAUUAUUCUAAAUAAAUAAUGAGAGACUCUAGUAUAAAGUAUUAUUGUUAUUGUGCACUGCGGUAUUGUACAUGAUUUCGUUUUAAAACAACUUUAUUAGUAUUUACUAUCGACUAUUCUGAAGAUGAUCGAAUAAACUAACUCAAUCUACUGUAUUGUAGAAAGAUUCAUUCAGAAUUCUAUCUCAAUGAGAGUUUAUUGCCCCAAUGAUUUGACAGCACUAAACGCUCAGCCUAAGAAAACUCCAUUUAAGUACUGACUUAUUCUUUCAAUCCUUGAUAGGGAUGUUACCUGAACCAUACUCGUGCUCAAUAUAUUUUACUUAUUAUCCAAGUUAAGAAAAUUAAAUAUUGUGUACUGGAUGAGAUCACCUUGCUACAUGAGAAUUCUCUACCCUAUCAAAUACUAUAUCACAGUAAUCAUUGUAAACAAUAACUAUAGAUAAACUUGAGAAAAAUGAAUGUCAUUUAAUAUAUAUUAGGAACAUUAACAAAUUUCCGUAUGAUAAUGAGAUGCUAGUUUUCAUUGAGAAUAAAAUAUUAUCAUAAUUCUACUAGAUAAAAAAUUGAACUUAAUGUAAUAAUAAUAUGAAUCAUCAACUAUGUGCAGUGAAUCGAUAUUGUGUUACGUAUUAAAAACUGUGAAUCGAUAUUGCUAAUUUUGAAAUGUAUGUAUUUUUGUAUCGCAUAAAAUCAUAACUAUUGGUGUAUCAUGUUAA